CAGGUACGCCGGUAAAUAAGGAAGUCAACACCGCUACGUACUUGAUCCUGGAUCACGGGAAGGUCUUGCUAUGUAAGGGGGAGCCCUCUGUCUGUUUCUUUAUCUUUAAUGAGUAGCCUUUAUUCUAACCAGUAAUCUAUACUGCCUAGUAUUUAUUAGUCACAACUUCACCUCUUUCUCCCAAUUCUCACCAGGCAGGUAGCCGUAACUCACCUGUCCCCUGGCCCCUCCUCAAACUCAGGACCUCUCUCCCUGAACCCAUUCCCCUUCCCGAGUCCUCACACCCUUCUCUCCUCCUUAAGAGCAAAACCAAAGAGAAGAAACAAAAGAAAACAAGAUGUCCCCGCCGCCAAUCCACUCCUCCUCCUCCCCCGAAGCCGUCAACGAGGCCUGCCAGACCUUCAACCUCUCCGCGGCGGAACUUUCAACGCUCCGCGAGCGCGCGCAGGCCAACAAGGCGCGAGCGUACUGCCCGUACAGCAAGUUCCGCGUGGGCGCCGUGCUGUUAACCCAAGACGGAACUUUCAUCGACGGCGCCAACGUCGAAAACGCAAGCUACCCCGUCGGCACGUGCGCCGAGCGCGUGGCGUUUGGGCGCGCCAUCGUGGAUGGGCACGGGAGAAAGGGGGGAUUCAAGGCCGUGGCCGUCGCGACCGACCUUACUGCGCCGGGCAGCCCGUGCGGUAUGUGUCGGCAGUUUAUGCGAGAGUUUUGCGAUCUGAGCAUGCCCAUUUUCAUGUUCGACAAGAACGACAAUUUCUCCGUCUUGCGGCUUGAGGAGCUCCUCCCCCUAUCAUUUGGUCCCGAUAAGUUGGGAGUUCCAGACUCUGCGCAGAGACAAGCAGAGCAGGCAUGAAUCAUAUGAUCACGGGCUCUAUUUGCAAAGACAAGGCUAUGUAUGUAUGACUUCAGUCCAUGGGGCGUUCAAAUGACGGUCUCGGGAGAGUUGUCACUUAGAGACAUGGAGCGAUCCUGUCUAGGGAAGGAAGAGGCAUAUCCGGUAUUCUAUGUAUGUACGGGUAGACUCGAAAGGGUCAUGGUUUGUGACCUUCAGGAGUUAAGGCUUGUUCCUAUGACCUCACAGUGGAAGAGUGGAAUAUAAUUCAAUUCCCUGUUUCCCGCUUGCCUAU